CAGCCCAGUAACCGAAUAAGUACUCUAUCAUAAAACUCGGUGCAAAACUCCAUUCUUUUCAGUACUCGUGGUAUUUACUCGCGCUGAAACUAUCUUCAUUUUACUCGUUGCAUAAACUACUAUUUCUCCGAACACUUGACUUGGCAUAAUCUGGCAUAUUAGCCGAAUUUCCAAAUACGGUCAGCGCAGCAACCCCCUUGUUGCCAUUGGUAACGGUUUUUUAAUAAAUCGAUUCAUUCAUGGUCCUGCUUCUAAUCUCCGAGACCGGAUUCAACUGCUGAGAUAUGGCUGAUUUGGAUUAUCCAGAGAUAAACCCCGCCAAUGAUCUGGAGAAGCGUAUCGCGGACGCGUUUCUUAUAUUUGACCACCACGGCAACAAAACUGUGGACGUGCGUGAAAUCGGCACCAUACUGCGCUUCCUAGGUUGCGUUCCGACGGAAGCGGACGUAAACGAGGUGAUUUCCGCUACCGAGUUUGAAGACUCGAACGGGACGGUGCACCUGUCGAAAUUUUUGCCCUUUUGCAGCCAGCUCAUUGCGGAGCACAAGCUGGAACCGGCCCCGCCGGAGAAGCUGCUGAAGGCGUUCCGCGUGCUAGACCAGGAGGGCAAAGGCCUGGUCGAUCGGGAUUACAUGACGAAGCUGAUUACGGAGGAGGGCGAACCGUUUACGGCCGAGGAGCUGGAGGAGAUGAUGGCCGUCGCGGUGGACAUGGCGACCGAUAAGAUUCCCUACGAGAAUUAUUUAAAUCAGCUGUUGCACGAACCUCAAGACUCAAUUUAUGCUUUGGCUGAUCAGUUCAGAAAUCAAAUCAAGAGAAAGACAAUUUUCAAAUUUUACAAGCGAUAAUAAAUGUUUUUAA